CAGUUGUUGGACUCAAUAACGGUCCAUAGACAUUUCAAUCAAUGAUUCCGCAAGUGUCAUAAACGAUUUAUAAAUAUACCUGGAAUAUAAAGUCCUUCUGUGAUGAUUUGGGAGCUCUUUCAAUGUACAGUUUAUGAACUCUAUUUGAAACCAGGAACGUUCUUUGGACUGAAAACACCAUUUUGAAUAUGGGGUUUGGUUGCCUUCUCUGUUUACCUCCAAGAUGGCCUGGGAUUCCAAGGGGUAGUGGCACAAAGCUAACAAUAGAGGGUUGUUAAACCUUGAUGAUCCUAUAUUCACACAGAAGCACCUUAAACAAAAGGCUGGCCCCUACCCAGGAGAACUGGGCUAUCCAGGGAGAAGUCACCUGGUUACAAAAUCACCUGGUAGGGGUCUGUGCUCACCUGUUGAGGCUGAUCAGGAGGUCACCUGACAGAGGUUAUAAAAGGGCAGGAGCUGUGCUAGUCUGGCUUUUCAGCCAUUUCCAACAGCUGAAGAUGAGGGGAGUGGCUGCCAGAACUUGAUGAAGUAGUGGAGAGCCCUGCCCACCUGAAUGCAGAUGGAUCCCCAAGGGAAGGACACUAGGGGGCCCGGUUUUCUUCUCUGCACCAGUGUCAAGCCUCAAGAACCGACCUGCUUCUUACCCAGUCAUGUCUUUUACUGAAGUCCUGCUGGAAAGGUAGUUCAACAGCAUAGCCUUUAAACAGGGCUGCUGUGGGGAAGCUGACUGCUUUUUCAUUAAGCAGGAAGUAUCAGGACAGACAGAGAGCUGUGCAGGUGAGUCUGGCUUCCCCCAACGCCCGUCACCAUGGAUUGGAAGAUGCUGCAGGGCCUGCUGAGCGGGGUGAACAAGUACUCCACGGCCUUCGGGCGCAUCUGGCUCUCCGUGGUCUUCGUCUUCCGGGUGCUGGUCUACGUGGUGGCGGCGGAGCGCGUGUGGGGGGACGAGCAGAAGGACUUUGACUGCAACACCAAGCAGCCCGGCUGCACCAACGUCUGCUACGACCACUACUUCCCCAUCUCCCACAUCCGCCUCUGGGCCCUGCAGCUCAUCUUUGUCACCUGCCCCUCCCUGCUGGUGAUCAUGCACGUGGCCUACCGGGAAGACCGGGAGAAGAAAAACCGGGAGAAGAAUGGUGAGGACUGCCCCAAGCUCUAUCGCAACCCGGGCAAGAAACACGGCGGGCUGUGGUGGACCUACCUGCUGACCCUCUUCUUCAAGCUGACCAUUGAGAUCAGCUUCCUCUACCUCCUCCACAAGAUGUGGGAUAGCUUUGACCUGCCGCGCCUGGUCAAGUGCGCCAAUCUGGACCCCUGCCCCAACAUCGUGGACUGCUACAUUGCUCGGCCCACUGAGAAAAAGGUCUUCACCUACUUCAUGGUGGGGGCCUCUGCCCUCUGCAUUGUCCUCACCGUCUGCGAGAUCUUCUACCUCAUCUUCAAGCGGGCUGUCCAGAGCCUACACAAGUGGAAGAAGAACUCCAAGCACUUGGUCAACUACAACAAGGCUUCCACCUGCCAGUGCCACCUCAAGCUGGAGCAGCAGGAUGGCAAGGCCAAGAACAAGCCUUUGGAUGCCCUCCAGGCCUCCUCUCCCAACUUGACUCUGAUCUGAUAGGGGGAGGGAAAAGCCCUGAUGUUGGCCAGAGACAACUGACUUCCAAGAUGGCUGCCUGCCAUGCCUCAAGUAUUACUGGAUUAUUUCAAUGGGACCUCAAUGGCUAUGACAAAUCAGGGAGAGGAGGCGCAUCACCAAGGCAGGAGCUCUCCCUGUUCUGCGUGGCUGACUGAGUUUUGCAUUUUGUUGGGGCCGGGCAGAAAGGACAAGGCUCUGGCAGUAAGUUUAUAUGCUGCAGCUGCUCUUAACAUGCAGGGCACAGGUGGGUGGUUUGCCUAGCCAAGGAGGAUGUGUGAAUCCAAAAGUCUAUGCUUUUCAUUAUUUACAUGGUAUCAAGCCACUCCAUGCAAUCCUGCAGGUUGGAGCUUCCCUCCUACGUGCUCAGACAGGUCACAGGAAAGGAGGAGACGGCUGGCAUUUAAAUCUUAGGAAAAAUGACUAAUGUAAAGUUGCCAAGGACAAUAUUUGUCUGCAGUUCUCUCUCCCCUCUGCUAGACUCGCAGCUGCCACGCCCCAAGUGCCAGCUCCCUUCGCAGACUCCAUCACAUCGCAUAGAGAGACGCUUGGGCUUAGUACCUCAGCGGAUGGUUCAUUAACUAGGACAUUGAUGGAAGGGGCUUUAUUCUGAUACUGAAGCAGUGAGCAAAUCCUGGCCUUUCCCGUGAACCAUGACCUUACCAAAAAACCAAGUCCAUGGGGUCUAGCAAUUCUGUGGGAAUAAAGUCAUAGGCACAGAGUGAGAUUGUGGGUGUCUCUCUUGGGAGAGUCUCUGUAGUUUGCAUCUAUCUCAGAAACUUCAACCUCUCUCCAAAAGCACUCAGGUCAGAGAGCAAAGAAGCCCCCUCGUUGUGCCUUCGGGUGCCUAGGGAGGGCAUUAAACUUUGCCAGGGAGAGUUCAGUCAGUAAAACAUCCUAGAUCAAAACCUUGAGUUAAUGCA